UAUGAAAAGGAAAAAGAAUUCUGGCGUCAAAUUUAUAUUACCAUUUCACUUAGGGGAAAUGGUUGGCAGAGGAGAAAAACUAUUGCAACAUGUUAUCAAGAAUGAGGGCUAGUGAAGAGGAAGAUUAGGUAAACACUGGUGCUUUAUUUCUGCUGUUAAUCAUUCACUGGGCCAGUAGAGAGUCUCUGCCCAUCCAUUUCCAUUCAGCCAGCCCUGACCAGCCAACCACAGGGCUGGAAGUUAGGGACUUUUUGGUGGAGCAAUUACUAGUUAUCUUCAGGGUAUUCCAGUAAGCUCUGAUUUGGGGAGGAACUAGGACUAUCGGAGAUCAAGGCUGUUUUCUUCCUUGAAAAACUACCCAAGGCAGCGUGAUAGAGUCUGCUACUUCUUCCUCAGCUCCCUGCAGCAGAAAAAUGUGGGAGAAGCAUCAGGUCAUGCAACCCCCAAGAGCUCCAAAUGGGACCCUUCAUAGAAAGGAGAAAAUGGCAGCCUGGCUCUUCUCCAGGCUGUGGAGAGUCUCUGAUCCAACUCUGUUCCAAAUGACCAUGGUCACUGCUCUAUUGGCUACUGUUCUUGGUGAUUGCGGGCCCCCACCCACUCUAUACUUUGCUUCUCCAAUAAAUGAGUUGAACGAGACAAACUUUGAAACUGGAACUGUUCUGAAAUACGCCUGCCGCCCUGGCUACAGUAAAAUAAGUUCAAGGACUCAGAUUACCUGUCAACCCAGAGGCAUGUGGCAAUACAGUAACUUCUGUACCAAGAAACGCUGCAGAAACCCAGGAGAAUUACAUAAUGGGCAAAUAAGUAAGACAGAUCUCUAUUUCGGAUCACGAAUAGAAUUCAGCUGUUCAGAAGGCUCAAUGAUAGGCAAAGCCUCCAUUUCCUGCACAGUGGAGAAUAAAACAAUAGGCGUCUGGAGGCCAAGCCCUCCCACUUGUAAAAACAUUGUCUGUCGUCAGCCACAGGUUCCAAAUGGAAUCUUUGUCUCUGGAUUUGGACCCCUCUAUUCUUACAAAGACUCUAUUGUGUUUGAUUGCAAGAAAGGCUAUAUCCUCAACGGCAGCAGUUUAAUCCACUGUGAAGCUGAUAACAACUGGGAUCCUCCUCCUCCCAUUUGUGAGCUCAAUGCUUGUACUAACUUACCAGACAUCCCACAUGCCUCCUGGGAACCAUUUAGGUAUCACCAGCCAACAAAAGAGGACCUGUAUGAUGUUGGGACUGUGUUGAAGUACCACUGCCAGCGUGGCUAUAAACCUGCUUCAGAUGAACCUACAACUGUGAUUUGUCAGGAAAAUUUCAGGUGGACUCCAUACAUAAAAUGUGAGGAGGUAUGUUGCCCAGAACCAGAGCUGAAGAAUGGCAAAAUCCUUGAACACAGAAAAGGUAGUAGGGUCAACAGCUGUGGCUAUUUCUACGGAGACACGGUUACAUACUCAUGUUUUGAGAAAAAAAAGUUUUCCGCUACUUGCCAAGGAGAUGGCAUGUGGCAUCCCAAAACACCUUUUUGUGAUUACGAUUGCAAUUUUCCUCCUACCAUUGACCACGGACGUCAUAAAGAAGUUGAUGCAUACAGUCUUUUCACAUAUGAGUUUAUAUAUGAAUGUGACGAAGGAUACACUCUGGUUGGACAGGCCAGACUCUCCUGCCGUUUGUCACAGUGGUCAUCUGCAGCUCCUCAAUGUAAAGCUCUGUGUCUAAAACCGCGGAUAGAGCAUGGACAGCUCCUUGUGGUUAAGGAUCAGUAUAUUACACCUGAAAAUGUCACCGUCCAGUGUGACUCUGGCUAUGGUUUGGUUGGUCCCCAAAGUAUCACUUGCUCAGAGGACAGAACCUGGUACCCCGAGGUACCCAAGUGUGAGUGGGAGGUCCCUGAAGGCUGUGAGCAAGUGGUCAUAGGCAGAAAACUCAUGAAGUGUCUCCCAAGCCCGGAGGACGUGAAAAUGGCCCUGGAGCUGUAUAAGCUGUAUCUGGAGAUUGAACUACUACAACAACAGUUAGGCAAGGAAGAGAAAUUCACUCUGAAGUCGCCACUGUAAUUUUUCCCAAAAGAGGGAGCAGAACGUGCCUUGCCGCCUUCAAUACAACAUGGAUCCCUUCAGUUUAUCAACUUUGCCAUCUCUUUUGCGCCAUCAUUCCUGGUAAUAAAUAUCUAGAAAGGAUAAUUGGUUAAUGUUUAUGCUUUGAGAUUGUAGAAUUAUCGAUCAUCUGUGUGGCUCAUGCUUUUGCUUUCCUGGACACAAAGUGCACAUAUUUUUCAAUUAAAAAAUUUACAUAUCAAAAA